GUUUUCAGUUACUGGUAUUAAUAUCACUUGUUUUUGAAUACGAUAGUAAUGAUCAUGAUAACUAUCAACUACUGGUUCAUUUGCACUUGCAUUUAUCAAAACAUGUCAACUGGAUUCCAAUCUUAGUUAUUUAUUAAUAAAUACAACCAAUUGUCAGUUUGUGCUUCCAUUCAACUAUAGACUAGUCAUAACAAACAGUUUCAUCUCUCAAGUCUCAUAAUGUUUGACUUCUUAAAUCAAUGGGUUGUAGUUGGUAUAAUAAGUGCCAUCAGCUGGUUGUUCUUUUACAUCAAGCAAAAACAAUCGUACUGGGAAAAGCAAGGUGUUAAAGGGCCGAAACCCCUUUUCCUUCUUGGAAAUGUUGGAUUCUCAAAGCCAAUAACGGAUAACUUGAUUGAUAAUUAUACUAAAUAUGGGAAAGUUUACGGGACUUACCAAGGAACCAACCCUCAUCUGGUUGUGGGUGAACCCGAACUUCUCCGUCAAAUUUGUGUCAAAGAUUUUCACAUUUUCCCUCAAGGAUUUGAGCAAAACUAUCUUGGUCCAGUUGAACGCAAUUUUUUGACUGCUUUAUAUGGAGAGAAAUGGAAGCGUAUGAGGAGCACGCUGUCGCCUACUUUUACCACUGGAAAGAUGAAGAAAAUGUUUGACUUGAUUAAAAUUUGUAAUCAAGAAGCUCAAAAAGAACUGGUUAAAUUGACUUCUUCAAAGGAUCCCGAUUUUGACCCCAAAUAUUUCUGGGGUCGAUACAAUUUGGAUGUCAUCACAAAGUGCUGUUUUGCUACGAGUUUUGAUGUUUACAACAGUUCAGAUGAUGAAAUAUUACGACAUUUCGUGGAAGUAUUUGAGCCCAAUAAGCUUAAAAUUUUCAUUCUGUUGACGGCGCCUAAAUGGGUCUCUAGGAUGAUGAAAAUAAGUGGAAGUUCAACCGAGAGUCUGGAUUAUCUCAAACAAUUGACACUACCAAUAAUUGAACAGCGUAAAAAAGGAAACUUCAAAGGGAAUGAUUUUCUUCAACUAUUGAUCGACGCUGAAGUUGUGAGUAAAGAAGGGGAAGAGCUCAAAGGCGAAGCUAAAAAAUUGUCUCCAGAUGAAAUUGUUAGCUCAGCUGUUAUCUUUCUCAUAGCUGGAUAUGAAACGACAUCAACCCUGUUGACUUGGGCCUGUUAUAGACUCGCUACCAAUCCAGAUAUUCAAGAAAAGCUGUAUCAAGAGGUUUCACAGGCCAACAUUGAAGAUUAUGAAGUUUUACAAGAUCUUCCCUACUUGGAUGCUGUUAUAUCGGAAACUCUAAGAAUUGAUUCUCCAAUUUUAUUAUUUCAACGUGUUCCUCAUUCUGAUUAUAUUUUACCAGGUACAGAUAUUAAGAUACAAAAAGGAACCGUAGUUACUAUACCAGUUUAUGCUAUGCACCAUGAUCCAGAAAAUUAUCCUGAACCAGAAGUUUUUGACCCAAAUAGAUUUUUGGAAGGUUCGCCGAAACCUUUUACAUUCUUACCGUUUGGUGCUGGACCUCGAACCUGUAUCGGAAUGAGGUUUGCUUUGAUAAAUGCGAAGCUUUCACUGGCAUCGUUGGUUCGAAACUAUCAGCUGUUUCCUAAUGACAAGACUCCAAGUAAAAUUGAACACGUAAUAGGAGCAGUCAUAAAGACAGCCAAGACGUUGACAUUGGGAAUCAAACCAAGAUGUUGAAUAUUGCCAAUCAUAUACAGUUUGGUAAUGUUUUGUGUAAAAUAUAUGUUUUCAUAGCAUAAAAUGCAAACUAAUGAAUGUUUAUUAAUUCUCAUUACUAUCAAUCUUGAAAAUUUUAAAACUUCCAAUGAAACACAAUAUACAAUGUAGACGCAAUAUGGAGCACAGUUUUCAUCAAAAAUUUUUAAAUGUUUGACCCUCCAACUAAUCAAAGAGUAAGGUAGUCUUUACUCUUUCACUGUAAAUCAAAAUUCCCCAAAUUUUAAUAAAUCAAACAUCUUAAUAAUUCAAA